GUCCGAGGUCGCGCAGGCGCAGGUAUCCAGUUGGUCCGCUCGUUGCUGCGUGGUGAGGGCUGUCCGCCAAGUGCAUCCCAGCCAGCUCUUAGUGUGGAGCAGUGACCUGUGUGUGGUUCCUUCUACUUGGGGAUUAUGCAGAGAGCUUCACGUCUGAAGAGAGAGCUGCACAUGCUGGCCACAGAACCACCCCCAGGCAUCACAUGUUGGCAAGAUAAAGACCAAAUGGAUGUUCUGCGAGCUCAAAUAUUAGGUGGAGCCAACACACCUUAUGAGAAAGGUGUUUUUAAACUAGAAGUUACCAUUCCUGAGAGGUACCCAUUUGAACCUCCUCAGAUCCGAUUUCUCACUCCAAUUUAUCAUCCAAAUAUUGAUUCUGCUGGAAGGAUUUGUCUAGAUGUUCUCAAAUUGCCACCAAAAGGUGCUUGGAGACCGUCCCUCAACAUCGCAACUGUGUUGACCUCUAUUCAGCUCCUCAUGUCAGAACCCAACCCUGAUGACCCACUCAUGGCUGACAUAUCCUCAGAAUUUAAAUAUAAUAAGCCAGUCUUCCUCAAGAAUGCCAGGCAGUGGACAGAGAAGCAUGCAAGACAGAAACAAAAGGCUGAUGAGGAGAUGCUUAAUAAUCUACCACAUGCUUGUGACUCCAGAGUAUACAACUCAACACAGAAAAGAAAGGCCAGUCAGCUAGUAGGCAUAGAAAAGAAAUUUCAUCCUGAUGUUUAGAGGAUUUGUCCUGGUCCAUCUUAGUUAAUAUGUUCUUUGCCAAGGUGAUCUAAGUUACCUACCUUGAAUUUUUUUUUUUAAUAUAUUUGAUGACAUAAUUUUUGUGUAGUUUAUUUAUCUUGUACAUAUGUAUUUUGAAAUCUUUUAAGCCUGGAAAAUAAAUAGUCAUUUAAUGUUGAA